GGAAGCCUAGUUCUGCAGUGGGUCUUUUCAAAGCCUCCUGCAGCUUGUCUAGGUCAAGAGUUCCUUUAUUGUUGUUAUUAUGGUUAAAAUUUCAUAAUUUUGAGAAUCACAAUGAAAUGCUUUUUGGUCUUAGCGUCAAUCUGCCUAAUAAUUGGUUGCCAGUGCGAUGAUUUCGGGUCAACCUUGGGUCAUCUGACGGAAAACAGCCGUCGUAACAACGAAGGACAAGCAGAGGCUGUUAGAGGUCUCAUAGGGAGGCUCCUUCUGAAAGAACAAGCUGAAUAUUUUAAAGUGGAGGUUGAUUCAAGCCAAGCAACCGAUGAAAAGGACUUUUUCAGACUAAAAUCUGAAAACGGCACCAUCAAAAUAUUUGGAACGACUGGUGUCGCUGCAGCAUCAGCUUUCAACUAUUACCUGAAGUAUUAUUGUAAGUGUCACUUUGGUUGGGAAACCGAACAACUCGGUCUUCUCCCCAAACUACCCCCAGUUGACGUGGAAAUAAAGUUCAAUGACAGAUUCAGAUACUAUCAAAAUGUUUGCACGACAAGCUACAGCUUCGUCUGGUGGGAUUGGGAAAAAUGGGAGAACCAUAUCGACUGGAUUGUCAUGAAUUCUUUCAAUUUGGUCCUGGCUUUCAAUGGUCAGGAAGCUAUAUGGACGCGUGUAUAUCGAGAAUUGGGACUAAGUCAAGAUGACAUCGAUGAUUACCUAAGUGGACCAGCUUUUCUGUCAUGGUUGAGAAUGGGCAACAUAAGAAAAUGGGGAGGUCCUCUCUCUGAAUCAUGGCAUAACAGGAGUUUAAAUCUGCAGAAGCAGAUCGUAACGCGUCUGCGAAGUUUUGGCGUUACAACAGUUCUGCCAGCCUUUGCUGGGCAUCUACCUCGAGCCUUCAAAAGGUUAUAUCCUAAAGCUAAUAUGGUUAAGCUCGGAACAUGGAACAAUUUCAACGAUACCUACUGCUGCCCCUAUUUUUUGGAUCCUACAGAAGAGCUCUUUCAGAAAAUAGGCAAAAUGUUUAUUCAGAAGCAAAUAGCAGAAUAUGGAACAGACAAUGUAUACAGCUGCGACAGUUUUAACGAAAAUACACCUCCCUCCACUGACUUAAGCUAUUUAGCUAAUGUGAGCAGUUCAAUAUUCAAAGCAAUGACCGGUGCAGAUUCAAAAGCAAUUUGGUUGAUGCAAAACUGGCUCUUCGUACAUGACGCCUCAUUUUGGACCAAAGAUAGGGCCAAAGCAUUGCUAACCUCUGUUCCAAAGGGAAAAAUAAUAGUGUUGGACCUUCAAUCUGAACAGUUUCCGCAAUAUUUCAUGCUGGACCAAUACUUUGGACAGCCGUACAUCUGGUGCAUGCUUCACAACUUCGGAGGAACGCUUGGUUUAUUCGGCAAUUCCGAUAUUAUAAACGAGAGGCCCAUUGAGGCGAGGAAAGCCGUCAACAGUACCAUGAUAGGUACUGGAUUGACCAUGGAAGGUAUAAAUCAGAAUUAUGUCAUCUACGACCUGAUGACCGAGACUGCAUGGAGGGAUAAGCCAACCAAUCUAUCGGAUUGGUUCGCAGAUUACUCGGUUAGGAAAUACGGUGUUGAUAGUCCUAUUAUCAAGAACUGCUGGCGUUAUUUCCAGAAAACCCUUUAUAACCUCAAAACUCUACGUAGAAUGAGGGGACAAUACACCUUAGCAAGAACUCCUAGUUGGUCUAUUAAACCUUGGGCGUGGUACGACACCAGGAAAUUCAUCGUUGUCUUCGGUGAUUUCAUGGAAGCCAGACAUACAAUUCCAAUAUUUGCGAUAAAUUAUGGUUAUUAUCAUGACAUGGUGGACAUGACACGACAAGCUCAUCAAGUGAUGUUCGACAUGGCUUACGAAGCAAUGAAACGUGCCUUCAAAAAAAAACAAAUCAGUGAAUUCCAGUCGUUGGCAAAAUCUGCCGUAUAUAUCCUCGAUAACCUGGACCAAGUGUUGUUGACUGAUGACGCUUUCUCCCUGGACGAAUGGAUCAAAUCUGCUAGAAAAGCAGGCUCAACACCUGAAGAGAAGGAUUUGUUCGAAUAUAAUGCAAGGAACCAAGUGACUUUAUGGGGGCCCAACGGGGAAAUAAUGAACUAUGCGAUCAAGCAAUGGUCAGGUGUUGUUUCCGACUUCCUUCGGCCAAGGUGGAAGUUAUUCCUGGACUAUUCGAAUGAUAUUCUCGUGAAGAAUGGAACUUUCAACGAGACUCACAUAAGACAGCAAAUGUUUGAAACUGUAGAGAAGCCGUUCACUUUCAAGAAAACCGAAAUAUUUAGAAAGGCGUCAGGAAACUUCACGAAUCUGUUGGGAUUCAAAACACAAAAAUGGUGGAAAAUCUUUCAAUCUUUCUGUAAGAUGAGCAAGAAGGGAAGAAAUAAUGAAUACAAGUUGGACCUGAAAACCAUCGAUGGUUUGUUUGAAGAAUCACCUUUCACUGAUGAUGGAAUAGAAGUGAAAAUGGUUAAAUAAUACUGUAUAAUCGUUUAUGUACCUAAGUUUUUUUACGUAU